CCCAAACUUUUCCGUCGAGUUCUCCCUUCCUCGCGCGACCUCACCGGAACCCUGUCUAUAUCGACAUCGAUCUUGUAACCCGUUCACGAUCACAGCUCUCGCACGCUUGUCCUUCCUCUUCUCUCUCACCAAAAGUCUUUGCAAACAGUCACCGCUGUCGCCUUUCCCACAACCGCAACAAGUCGCUAUCACUGCAAACAAAAUGGCCACCAAGGAGGAUUACGAGAAGACCGGUGCUACCGCUGGUGCCAAGGUCCACAAGAUCAGGAUCACCUUGACUUCCAGGAACGUCAAGAACCUCGAGAAGUUCUCGACCGACCUCGUCAACAGGGCCAAGGACAAGGACCUCCGAGUCAAGGGACCCGUCAGGUUGCCUACCAAGCACUUGAAGAUCACCACCAGGAAGUCUCCCUGUGGUGAGGGUUCCAAGACCUGGGACCGAUUCGAGAUGAGGAUCCACAAGCGUCUCAUCGACUUGCACACCACCGCCGAGGUCGUCAAGCAGAUCACUUCGAUCCAGCUCGAGACCGGUGUCGAGGUCGAGGUCACCCUCGCCGAGUAAACUUGUCGACGUUGACAUUGGAGCCUUUCCGUAUCUGGUUCCCUUGAUUGGAUCAACUGGAUAUACAUGCGGGAAGGUCUAGAAGUUGCAUUUACGUUGGAUCGGGAGAGGACUGAUGAAGAGGGGUCUUGUGGGGAUCGAGGAGGAUCGGGUUGGAUGAAGCAUUGGGGUUCUCUAGCUCCGGAUGUAAUUUCGAGUUGAUCCGAUACGAUCUUUAUACCUCUCGA